AUGGCACAAGCAAUACUUUCUGAUCUUGCAACCAAAAUCUUAGAGGGUUUGGACUCUCUCCUCAUUCAAGAGAUUGGACUAGAAUCUGGAGAAUUAAAACAGGAAUUGAGUAAGCUUAAGAACUGUUUAUCCACAACCAAUGCCAUAUUAUUGGAUGCGGAGAAGAAAGGUGCAAUGAAUGAUGUGGUUAAAGAUUGGUUGAGAAAGGUCAUGGAUGUAGCUUACGAUGUUGAAGAUGUGUUGGAUGAAUUUGCAACGGAAGCCUUGCGAAAGAAAGUGAUGCCUCCAAACAACAACAACAACAACAACAACGUUGUGGUAGCAAAACAGGUACGCAGAAACUUUUCACGUUCAAAUCCAGCUAAAUUUAGUUUGAAAAUGGCUCAUAAAAUAAAGGAUAUUAUGGAGAGGUUAGAUUGUAUUCUAAAGGAUGCUGAGCUAGCCAAAUUUCAAUUUAAAACUCAAACUGUGGAUAUGAACAUCAAUGGUGACGAUAGGAGUACUCCUGAUGACCCUAUUGUAAUUGAAUCUGAGGUCUUGGGAAGAGAAAAAGAUAAAGAAAUUCUUAUAGAAUUGCUAACUUCAGGUGGUAGCAAUUCUAAUGAAGAGAAUAUUAAUCUGAUGGUCAUUCCCAAAAUUGGGAUUGGCGGAUUAGGGAAGACAACACUUGCUCGGUAUGUGUAUAACGAUGAAAGGGUCAUUAAGAAGCAUUUUGAGUUGCGAAUGUGGGUAUGUGUCUCAUUUGAUUUUGAUGUUUUGCAACUUGCAAAGAAAAUUCUAGAAUCUCUAACCAAUGAUAACUAUGAUGGUUUGUGGGAAGAUCAAGCAGAGUCAGAACUUAGGGAGAAACUAUCUGGAAAGAGAUAUCUGCUUGUCCUAGAUGACGUCUGGAAUGAUAAUCCUAGUAAAUGGGAGAACUCAAGAAAACUUUUAAUAAGUGUUAGGGCAUCAAGUGGAAGUAUGAUCUUGGUAACUACUCGUAGUGAGAUGGUUGCAAAAACCAUGCAGCCGAUUAAAUCAUUGAGUUACCAUUUAGAAGGAUUAAAUGAAAAUGAUUGUGAAUCAUUAUUCAAUGAACGUGCGUUUGGGAAAGGAAAUAAUGAGGUAGCAAACCAUCAUCCUGAGCUAGUGGGAAUAGGGAAGGAUAUAGUGAAAAAAUGUGGAAGGCACUUGGAAGUUUGUUGCUCCUUAAAAGAAACAAAAGGGAUUGGCUGGAUAUUCUAA